AUGCACAAGAACGAAAAGGCCAGGCCAGAAGAGAAGGGGUACACAAUCGUCGCCGACGUCUAUCGCCGCGAUGCGAUUGACAGGAGCCAUUACCCCGUUUUCCACCAGAUGGAAUGCGCACGUCUCUGGAAGCGUCCUGUGACGGCAAGUGAUAUUUUGAAGGACUUGGAUAAACUUCCUCGUCAUGAUGUCCCCGUUGAGGAUCCUAACCCAGCCUUUCAUCCCGAGAGGAACCCCUUGCAAGAUAAGCACCACACGCCCGAAGUGGCUGAAGCAAUUGCCGCCCAUCUGAAACGCUCUCUUGAACUCCUCAGGUAUUCUGGCAAGGGGAAUGGCUCGAAAUUCUUGGCUCCCGGAGUCGUCAAACAAGAACUCCUCGUUUCCUCCGACGUUCCUGACCAUAUUGGAUGGGCCUUUGGUUUAGGCCUGGAACGAAUCGCCAUGCUCUUGUUUAACAUCCCGGACAUCCGCCUCUUUUGGUCCGAAGAUCCUCGCUUCCUGUCCCAAUUUGAAGCCGGCAAAAUCUCCCGGUUUGCACCCUUCUCUAAACACCCUGCCUGUUACAAGGAUGUCGCAUUCUGGCUCAGGUCCACGAGCACACCUGCGGGCGGUGCUGCAGCGUUUCAUGAAAAUGACAUUAUGGAAAUCGUUCGGGAUGUCGCUGGGAACUUAGUGGAGGAUGUCGGACUGGUUGACGAGUUUAUGCAUCCAAAAACCGGGCGUAAAAGCCUGUGUUAUCGGAUCAAUUAUCGUAGCUUGGAGAAAACGUUGACCAAUAAACAGGUUAACGAGCUGCACGAAAAUGUAAAAGAGAAACUGGUGGGUAGAUUUGGGGUUGAGUUGAGAUAA